AUUGAGCUCUUUUUGUGCGCUAAGCGACCCGACUACUUGCCGCAGAUGGCGCCUGGGAACUAGUGGGUUUCUAAUAUCAUCGGCUGUCUCCUCCCUCGCAGCUAAAUACGAAAACAAAGAUCCUUUGCUUUCGAGACAGUUAUGAUGCUGUGCCGAUUGCGAUCAACCCUGUGUAGGCCAUCAUAUGUCAACCAGCUGAGGGUGUUGGGUGUGGUACGAUCUAAGAGCAGUGUGGUGGCUUCCGCUGCAUUAGUGAAACACAUAGAGCUUGAGGAUAAUGAUGGUAUGUUGCAUGUUCACUGGAAGAAUAACCAGAUAAAUCGCUAUCCUUAUGUCUACUUGCGUGAUAAUUGCCAGUGCCCCAAGUGCUAUAACAGCCUCUUAUUGCAAAGAAAUUUAGACAGUAUCAGCGAGGUUGAUCUUGAUGUGAAGCCGAAGGCAGUUGAGGUGAGAGAUGAUGGUAAGCAGAUUCACAUAACAUGGCCAAAUGAGCAUAUCAGUCAGUUCAACUCAGCUUGGCUGCACAAUAAAAAACUCCCUGAAAGUGAUGACCUGACAGGAAAAAUGAAACUCAACAAGAAAGGUGUGGAGUUCUGGAAUAAAAGUAUGUUGCAAGGAAAACUUGUCAGGUUCAAUUAUGAGGAUGUUAUGACCAAGAAAUCUGCUCUUUUUGAGUGGCUCCACACUUUGCAUAGUGUUGGAAUAGCCUUAAUUGAAGAAGCGCCAAGUGGAAUGAAGCCUAUUGCCGUAGAGCGACUGGCGACAAGGGUUGGAUACAUUAAAGAUACUCAUUAUGGCCACACAUUUGAUGUAAAUGCUAAGUUUGAUGCCAACAAUCUGGCAUAUACAACAGCUGAUCUUCCACUGCACUGUGAUAUACCACAGUCAGAAUACUACCCAGGGGUCCAGAUGUUACACUGCCUCCAGCAGGCCCCUACGGAGGGAGGUGAAAGCAUAUUUGUAGAUGGAUUCUUCAUUGCACAGGAGAUUAAAGAGCAGCACCCAAGGCUGUUUAAUCUGCUUGCUACCACGCCCAUCCCAUAUGUGGACAUAGGCAAAGAUGAAUUUGGGGAUUUCCAUCUUAAAAACAAAAGAGAGAGUAUUGAGCUGGAUGAGCUUGGUCAUAUAGUUCGCUUCACCUACAAUAACCACGUACGAGACUACUUCAUGGAUUCCCCGGUAGAGAAAGUUCAGCUGCUGUACCAGGCCUAUCUAAUUCUUGGCCAGAUGAUGCGCGAUCCAGUGAAUAUGCUAGAAUAUAAGCUCUCGCCUGGAGAAGUGGUAUCAUUCAACAACAGCCGCGUUCUUCAUGGUCGUAGAGGGUAUACUAUUACCGGCGAGGGCAACCGACACCUCCAGGGCUGCUAUAUGGAUUGGGAUCUGGUGAACGCAAGGCUGAGAAAUCUCGCUACAGUGCUUGGGAAAACAUUUGAAGAUUGAACGUGACGAGGCCGCCUCUACUCACUUGAGAAACCCAGGGGUAGUGUUUAAAAGAAAAUUUAUGAAGCAGAUUUAAAUUCGCUUGUAAUGUAAUGCUAAACUAUAUUUCUAGGAUCAAAUUAUUUUUAAAAAUUUGCCUUUUUAUAACGCAUAUACAUUGCAAAGGGAAUAGUGCUUCAAUUAGACCAUAGAAUGUAGUGAGAAAUUAUUUUUCAAUAAAGAAGAUUUUUAUAUUA